GUAGCCAAUCAUCAGUUCAACAGCUUCUCUUGAGAAGACAUCUGGAUUACCAGCUCCAAGGAAUACUUCAGUAAAUUAAAACCAUCAACAUGAAAUUCAUCGUUGCCUUCGCCGCCCUUUUGGCUGUAGCCGUUGCUGUUCCAAUUGACGAUCCACGUGCUGCUCAAAUCACCCGCUACGAAAGCGACAAUAUCGGAACUGAUGGAUACAAAUUCGCUUUCGAAACCAGCGACGGAACUGCCCGCCAAGAGGCCGCUGAAGUAAAGAACCUUGGAACUGACCACGAAGCCAUCGCUGUCCGUGGAUCAAUCAGCUGGAUCGCCGCUGACGGUCAACAAUACUCCCUCAACUUCAUUGCUGACGAAAAUGGUUUCCAACCAGAAGGUGCUCAUCUCCCACGUGCCUAAGUCCCUCCCUUCCUUUAUCCUUAUAAUCUAGACUGUUUUAUCCUAAUAAAAAUGUUUUAUUGAA